AUGGAGUUCCCCUUCUCUCUGGUAGAGCCGGGCGAUGACAUGGAGUCCAUGGACGAGCACUGCCUGAGGGGUGCGGGCUUUCGGCGUAAGCGCGAGUUCACCCCGGAGGAGCGGAAGGACGCCAGCUACUGGGAGAAGCGUCGCAAGAACAACGAGGCGGCCAAGCGAUCGCGGGAGAAGCGGCGUGCCAACGACUACCUGCUGGAGCAGCGCCUAAUGGCACUGAGCAAAGAGAAUGUCCGGCUGCAGGACGAGCUGGUGGACCUCAAGCUCCGCUGCGGCCUCGCGGGGCCCCUGGGCUUCAACCCCGCUGCCGCUGUGGCCGCAGCGGCCUUCUCCGCCCAGCACAGGGGGCUCCGGCAGCUGCACACUUCCUGCGGCCUCCAGCCUGAGCUGGUCUGGGGCCGAGCGGAGGGGCCUCAAGUGGCUCAGGUCCUCCCAGCCUCCUACCACCACCAGCGAGCCUCCAGCCUCUCGCCGUACCCCGGGCCCUCCGCAUUCACCUCGCCGCGAGCGCACACCUUCAGUCAGGCUUUCCCUUUCCUUCUGGACAUGCCGGGCGUUCUCUCAUCCCCGGUUGGACCAGCAUCGCUGCUCCUGCCCCCCCUACUGGUGCCCUCUCCCGGGGGCCCCAGGUAUGGACCUCGGCUGCCGGUGCGGCCCAUUCCCCAGCAGGCGGCCCUGGCCUCGGACGAGGAGGGGGAGCAGCAGGUCCCGGGGGCCUCCACGGGGUUGGAUCCUCGUGCCGCACUGCCACACAAACUCAGACUGAAGACGCACAAGAGCCACAGAGACAAGGGUAGCACCACCACAGGAACCCCGUCUCCACCUCUGUACGUGUCCGACUGA